GUGCUCCGCGGCGCCGUCACUUCCGGUCGGCCAUGGCGCUCUUCGAGCAGAUGCGCGCGAACGUGGGGAAGCUGCUGCGGGGAAUUGACCGGUACAACCCCGAGAACCUGGCCACCCUGGAGCGCUACGUGGAGACCCAGGCCAAGGAGAACGCCUACGACCUGGAGGCCAACCUGGCCGUGCUCAAGCUGUACCAGUUCAACCCCUUCUUCCAGAGCGCGGUGACGGCGCAGAUCCUGCUCAAGGCGCUCACGAACCUGCCCCACACCGACUUCACCCUCUGCAAGUGCAUGAUCGACGCCGCCCGCCAGGACGAGCGUCCCAUCCGCCAGAUCCUGUACCUGGGGGAGCUGCUGGAGACCUGCCACUUCCAGGCCUUCUGGCAAGCCCUGGAUGAGAACCUGGAGCUGCUGGAUGGCAUCACCGGCUUCGAGGAUUCCGUCAGGAAAUUCAUCUGCCAUGUGGUGGGCAUCACCUACCAGCACAUCGACCGCUGGCUCCUGGCUGAGAUGUUGGGGGACCUCUCGGAGGCCCAGCUCAAGGUGUGGAUGAGCAAGUACGGGUGGUGCGAGGCGGAGCCGGGCCGGGUGCUCAUCUGCAACCAGGAGGAGAGCAUCAAACCCAAGAACAUCGUGGAGAAGAUCGACUUCGACAGUGUCUCCAGCAUCAUGGCGUCGUCCCUGUGAUGGCUCAAUAAA